UCCCUCGUAUCGCGGCGGUGGCGGGCAGGCUCCGGCCGCGGGCCCGCAGCUUCUCGCCGAGGCGGCGCGGCCUCCGCUCCCUCCCUCCUUGCCUCGGUCGCUGCCCGGCCCCGGCGCGAUGUCGGGCGGUGCGGCGAGCGCCCCUAAGCCCCUCCCGUCCUCCGGGCCCAAGUCGCUGCGGGAGAUGCCGCAUCCCCUGGCCACGUCCAGCAGCGAGGAGAUGGGGCCGGCGCUCACCCCCAGCCCCGACCUGCUCUUGCCCCGCAGCAUCGCCGACAAGGAUCUCAGUCUGCCCAAUGGCACACCUGUGGACACUUCUAGCCCAGCCUCCUCCUCAUCUCUCCUCAACAGACUGCAGCUGGAUGAUGACUUGGAUGUGGAAACUAGAGACCUCUUUGUUACUGUUGAUGAUCCCAAAAAACACGUGUGCACAAUGGAGACAUAUAUCACAUACAGGGUUACAACAAAGACCACACGAGCAGAGUUUGAUUUGCCAGAGUAUUCUGUCCGUCGGCGGUACCAGGACUUCGACUGGUUGAGAAACAAGCUGGAAGAGUCUCAGCCAACACAUCUUAUUCCCCCUCUGCCUGAAAAAUUUGUGGUGAAGGGUGUUGUUGAUCGCUUUUCGGAAGAGUUUGUGGAGACAAGGAGGAAAGCAUUAGACAAGUUCUUGAAGAGAAUAACUGAUCACCCAGUGCUGUCUUUUAAUGAGCACUUCAACGUCUUUCUCACAGCUAAGGAUCUUAAUGCCUACAAAAAGCAAGGAAUGGCUUUGCUAUCAAAGAUGGGGGAAUCUGUCAAAUACGUUACGGGAGGCUACAAAUUAAGAAGUCGGCCACUGGAGUUUGCAGCCAUUGGGGAUUAUCUGGACACAUUCUCUCUAAAGCUUGGUACCAUUGACAGAAUAGCACAACGGAUCAUCAAGGAGCAGUUGGAAUACUUGGUGGAACUACGAGAAUAUGGGCCUGUUUAUUCAACCUGGGGAGGGCUGGAGGUUGAGCUGUCAGAGCCACUGGAAGGAGUGUCUGCCUGUAUUGGGAAUUGCUGCACAGCUCUUGAAGAACUCAGUGAGGACAUGACAGAAGACUUCCUGCCUGUGCUUAGGGAAUACAUAUUGUAUGCUGAGUCAAUGAAGAAUGUGUUGAAGAAGAGAGACCAAGUUCAAGCCGAGUAUGAAGCAAAACUGGAAGCAGUAGCCUUGAAAAGAGAAGAUCGUCCAAAGGUACCCACAGAUGUUGAGAAAUGUCAAGACCGAGUAGAAUGUUUCAAUGCUGACCUGAAAGCAGAUAUGGAGAGAUGGCAGAACAACAAAAGACAAGACUUUAGGCAGCUACUCAUGGGCAUGGCAGAUAAAAACAUCCAGUACUACGAGAAGUGCCUUACGGCGUGGGAGUCAAUUAUACCACUACUGCAAGACAAGCCAGAGACCAAAUAAGAAGUACCUUCAUGGACAGUCUAGCACUUCUAUGUUCAGUACCACUAGUCAUACUGGAACUGUAUGGAGAACUCUUUUUGUUAAGUUAACUGAAAUGACAGCUGCACUUAGUUUUUCAGAGUAUCUGUUCCAGCCUAUUUGAUUUUUUUUUCCUCAAUUUUUGUGUUUAAACUGGGGUAUGUUUCAUCUUUUUGAGUUAUCUUGAAUGGUUCCUUCUUUAUCCUGUGGAGUGAUUGGGGUUCAUAGUGAAAGUGCAUGGGGAUCUUGAUAAAAUUUACCUCUCUAGUCUGGAAGGAACUAAUGAGUGGAACACUAAAAAGAUGAAAAUAAAACUCUACUGCAAGGUGCCAAAUGACAUCUUUAUUACCAUUCUGUUUUGUUGCUUAAAAAUACCCCCCAAUAAUUAUUUCUAUGAUACAGUACUCCCUAACCAAUCCUUGUCCCUUUUUUUUUUUUUUUUGGAAUGGACAGGAAAAGGCUGCAAAAGAAUAUUUUCUGUUUUGCUACUGCCCAUGUGCUCCCUCUGGAUGAAAUGGUCUCUGGAGACUUUUCCAUCUGGGAGUCGGGCUGGUUCUAGACAGACCAUACCAACACCAGCCACAGAUAGGCGGUGAUGCAAGCAUGAACUGUGGUUUUUGUGAGUGUGGCAUGCUGUUGGUUCAUACUGAGUAUCUUUGUUUACCUUGGUGAUUAUGAAAUAAUGUCAGUUGACUGAAGUGUACUUGUGACUGACUUGGGGAUCAAAACCAGCCUAGCUGUGGGAAUGAGUUGGACAGCGGCCUUUCAAGGGUUGUGGGAAUGGGGGAGGAAGUAUGAGUCUUUAAUUUUCCCAAAGCUAGCUCCGGAAGUUGCGUGGUGGAGGUCUCUUGCACCAUGCUUUGAAUAUGGGUUUUACUAGAGCUACUUUAGGCUUGGUCACCUAAGAUGCCUGCUGUAGUAAAAGUAGAACUCUGCUUUCUCUCCUCACGCUUUCUUUGCAGCAGCCAGAAGCCAAAAGGUGUAAAUGCUUCCUUCCACCAAGCAUCAGUGUGUGAAAGCUGCCUUAAAUGGUUUGGUGGGGGAUAGAUGGGUACCCUAUGAGGUACACAUAGUGUUCAAAUCUGUCUCUGCUGAACCACACGGCAAAUCUUUUAGGACUACUUUUGGUAUAGAUCUAUUUUCUUAGUAGUUUCUGUUGGCCUUUAGAAUUGUAGCUGCUUCUGCAAGUACUUUUUUGUCCUUUCUCUUGCAGUCCAACCCCAAGUAAAUGCCUACUUGGUGUUAAUGGCCUUAGGAAUGCUGAUGUGAUUUAACCAUCCUAAGUGAGGGGGGUCAGAGCUCAUAUGACUGUAAUACUGGGAUUUAGGGCAAUAAAUAACUGUGCUUACUGCUAAAUUUGAGUGAUUACUUGUUCUCUGGCAACAUUCUUGCAAAGAAUGUGAGCAGUGAUUGACUUUGUGCAACUUCUCUGUUCUCCUGUGGCAACCUACCAGGUACUAGUCUGAUUUGGAAUUUAUUCCUUCAUAAACACCAACUGAACCUGCAGCCACCCUUCUCACCCUGGUGGCUUUAUGGAACCCUCAAGAUGAGUUAUUGCAGCACUGUGGUAGCUGUCAGGCUAAUGAGAUGGUGCUCUCUGCAUGAAAAAGUAAAAUAUAAAACAUCCUAAGAAGUUCUUCUUGACUCAGCCUUCACUGACAGCUCCAUGGUACUAAACAAACUAUGUUUCCUGUUUUAAGGUCAGUUUGUCAAUAUGCACUUUUUGGUGUAAAUGAGAACUCUGGUUUAAGUUGCUGUUAGGUUCAGAAUCACAGACUCCUCUUGUUCAGGGGAAGUACUUAAGAGGAUAAUCUUGAAGCAAUCUAGAAUAAGCACUUGUGUACUAGCUAACAGUCUGGCCUUCAGGGUUACAGUCUUCCCCGUUUUCCGCAAAGAAAUAUCAACGUGCUUUUUGAAUUAGUUCAUGUGGAGUAAAUGGAAUUUUGUAGUUGACUCUACAGCAUCACUGGGACUCAAGCAAAAUAUAAUUUGAACUAAUAUUUAGUCAGCCUUCCCACCAUCUUAUUAAAAUAAACGGCAAAAGAUGAGUAGGAAGGGUGGUGGUUUUCUCCUACAGAUGAUUUAAUCUGAUGCCUUACAGCACUAAGGUCCUCUUCCUGCUUUGCUUUAUGUCAAACUGAAGUGGGUGUUGCUUCUGGAGAAUUUAGCAAUUAACAUCACAGCUGUUCAUGAGAAGCAUAAUGGACAGUGGAGAGUACCAAAUGAAGUUCAAAUCAACAUGUAACUGUUGAAAUCAACAUGGAGCUGUUGAAGAUUGGGAUUUCUUAUGUGGUCUGGACCAAAACCUCUUAAACUCAUACAAGGGAAGUAAAACUUGACAUUCAAAAGAGAAGUCCUCUGCAAGAAUUGCUGCAGUGUAAUAAGGGUGUGCAAUGGUGGGUCUGAGCUUCUAUGGGCAGUGGAGUGGUCUUAUGAAGAGGUGUUGUAAAUCACUAGGUAACUGAAGGAGAAGCUGUGGGUGAGGUGUGGGGACAUUUGGGGCAGCCAUGCCAGUCAGGAGAACUACAAAAGUUGCAGGAAAUUCCUGUAAGAUGUGGAGAGUGACACUUGUAUCAUAUACAACUGCUGUUAGCAGGAGGUGGAGUCCUGAACUGAGAGUGAAACUCUUAACAUGUUAUCCUGUAAUCCUUACAGAAUAAAAGUCUUUACUUUGGAGGGUCCAGACUUCCAUGAGAGAAAUAGAAGGUGUUGGUAAAGGGAAGCAGGAAUAGUGCAGGAGCUUCAUCUUUGAGUAACUUGUUAAGUGUUAAGUCACUUAAGAUGACUCUCUGCAUGUGCACCAAAAUGACACCAAAAGUAGUUGGCACCCUUUCUAUGAGUCUGUUUAACGUGUGCUUCCUUCAGCCGUCCUUAAAUCAGCCCAGUUUUCCUCAUAAUCCAUAGCCAGGGCAAAGUCCCUCUCAGAGGAUGCAUAAUUCACUGCUGCCCAGUUACCUCUGUAUAGUUUCUGUGGUGUUUGUUUCUUCUCUUAAGUGGCACCAGGACAAUAAAGGAAGCACUGAGAUCUUGUUUCUAUGCUCAGUAAUGGACCAUGCAUUAUACAGGUUCCUGUAUACCUUUACCAGGUUCUAAAUCUUGCAAUAAAACAUCAUGGCUUUUUCAGGUAUACAUUGAAAAAUGAAAAGGUAAUAUGUGUAGCCCUAAAGACACAAACAGUUCCCAUGUGAGUUGUAUCAAAGAAUAAAGUAUGAUUCUUCACUGAAUUCUACUUGGAUUUUUGUUGCACUAAAACUUAUGCUAAAGAUAAAGUAGUGGAAUUAGUGAUAGAAACAAAACAUGAGUGGCAGAGACAGUUGUGUGGAGGUACUGUGCAGUAGCCUUGAAGCAGUGGCUGUGCUUAGCCUGUUCAUAUUGCUUCAGGUGUCAGUCCUGCAGAUGCCAGGGUACAAAAGAAUUCUCUCACAGAUCAGCAGGGGACUGUUCUGUAUUUUAACAGGAGCCAUACUUUUGUUAAAACUUGCACAAUUUAACUGGAUAUAGUUAUGAUUAUUGUUGCAGACUGUUGAAAAUCCUUGUCCUGAUAACCACUGAACAAAAUUGUGUAGACUAUACAAGCACAUUAGAUGAGAUGUUCUGUCAAAUUCUGGAGGUAGAACAUUCUUUCCUUGGGUGCAUUAACUUCUACUACAACAACUAAUACAUAGGGAAAAUGAGGACUAAUUUUUUUAAGAUAGGCAAGUUGCAACUACUUGUUGGAUUUUUUUUUUUUUCCUCUUGUGAAGUAAAACUGGGGAUCACAGGAAUAAACUUGCCUUCAGGCAGACUGAAUGUGGCAUUUAAAACCUUUUGGGAGUGCUGUUGAACCAAUUUACAAACUAAAAUGGCAGUGCUUAAUUCUGUGCUUAGCACUUGGAAGUCUUGCUGAAGUAUCUGACUUGUACAAGUAUGUAGUAAUGAACUGGACAAGUUUUAAGGUUGCAUGCCUAGAGCACAGUAAAUGUGCAGAAAAUAAUGAACUAUCCAAAGAGGUGUAAGUAGAUCACCCUUUUGUAAAUGGCAUGCUAAAACAAUAACAGCUAGUCACUGUCCUAGACUACUUUGAAGGUCUUGGUGUUCUAUGCUUUGGAGCUAAACCAUUUCCUUAACCCUGCUGCUGGGAUAUGUAUCCAUACAUUCAGAUCAAGCUGCAGGGUUAUGGUCAGUGCAACAUUCCCACUGCACAAGGAGACAGAUUGCUGAAGGCCAAUCUUACAAUAAGAGCCAAAGGGCUUUUGUCUAUAGUACACAAAAAUAAAGAAGCACAGUCCUUGUUCUCGCUUCUCUGUGCCUGCAUCCCUCUGUCCCUCCCUAAGGUCUGGAGAGUUGGGCCAUGCAGGUGAAGGCAAGCUGGCUGUGAGCCUCACACACUGUGGUGAAGGUAUCGGUGACGGGGACCAAAACGGUGCUGGUUCCUUGUCCAGACUCCUCUGCUUUCACUCUAUAAACCCACUCACCAGAACCAGAGUCACUGUUCAUACCAUUAAAAUACAAAAUGAAAGCUGUGAAAAGACUUAUCUCUGUAUGAAUUAGCUAGUAAACUAUGUAAAAAUGGGAAGGAGGCUUUUGUUUCCUGUACUUGGCCAAAUAUGCUCUUGUUCAGACUCGCAGGCUAGGAAAUGCUGUCUUGCCUUCUGGUGCUGGCAUGUUUCUAUACCCUUUCAUAUAUCCUUAUAACUAUACUUUGUGCAUUGUUUACUAUGGAACUAGUAUUGAUGGAGAAAAAUACUUUGAGGUAAAACUGUUUGUAAUUCUCUAUUAGUGUGUACAUUUUUAAAAAAUGUGCCAUUUGUUUACCUCAAUUAAUUUAAUGGAAUGGACCAAUAAAUGUAUUUAAAGAUGACUCCUUUACUUAGAAUAAAGUUUCAUUUUUUUGCAAUCUUCA